CUCCUGCAUCAGACAACUUAUUUGACCCUCUCCUCCAUUCUCGAUCUUUCAUCCCCCGAGGCCCAUGCACAAUGGCCUCGAUCUUGGGAGGCUCCUACGACUCCAGCGAUGAUGACGCUCCCACGGCCCCAGGGACGACCUCCACCAAGAUCGUCGCUGCGCCAGAAGUGAAUACAGAGGAUCAAGCUCAUAUGCAGAUGAUGCUCGCCAACACCUCAUCCCAAGCUCUCACAUACAACGCGACAUACGAUGAUCUCUCGCGCCCCUCGCAAGGGCCCUCGAAUCCUUUCAAACCCGCGGGCGCAGGGAACGGAUUGAAGCGCAAGAAUGUGCCGACUGGGUUUGCCGAAGAAGCUGCUAUUAGCGAGGCCACUUUCGCUGUACAACAUCGCACGUUCCAGAGUCUGGGUUAUACCCGCAACCCCACGCUUCCGGGCCAGUUUGUUGGAGACCUCGACCAGGCUGCUCAGUAUGGUGGCCGGGAUGUGGUGCAGAUGAAGCCAUCGAAGGAGGCGUCGGCAGCGCUGCGGGCGAAGCGGCAAAGGAAAGGCGAUUCGAGUAUUGUUGAGGGCGCAGGCGCGUAUCUGGGUCCGUGGGCCAAGUACCAGGAAGAUGACCAGGUGUUUGAAGAGGAACUUGCGAGCGACGAGGAAUUGAUCGAGGUCGAUGCCGAAGAGGAAGAAGAGCAACAGGUUGGGAUGGCUCCCAUGGCGGCUAUGAGCAAGGAAGCGACAGAUUACCAGGACGACACAUCGAAGGUGGAAAGCACCGAAUUCCACGGCUCCGAGCAGUUCGACUACCUGGGUCGGACAUAUAUGCACAUUCCGCAGGAUCUGGAUAUCGACCUCAAGAAACCCCCAGGCAGCACCAAGAACUACGUACCCAAGAAACUCAUCCACACGUGGAAAUCCCACACCAAGGCCAUUACAUCUCUGCGGUUCUUCCCCAACUCUGGCCACCUUCUUCUGUCAUCCGCGGCCGACGGCAAGGCGAAGAUCUGGGACGUGUACCACUCGCGCGAGCUGCUGCGCACGUUCUCGGGCCACUCGAAGGCGAUCACCGACAGCGACUUCCACCCGACGGGUCAGACCUUCCUCACAGCCUCGUACGACCGCCAGAUGAAACUCUGGGACACGGAAUACGGCAAAUGCAUCGGGCGCUUCAGCACCGGCAAAACCCCGCACGUCAUCCGGUUCAACCCCAACCCGGAGCUCUCGCACGAAUUCCUCGCCGGCAUGUCCGACAAGAAGAUCGUCCAAUUCGAUACGCGCUCGGGCGAACUCGUCCAAGAAUACGACCACCACCUCGCCGCAAUCAACACCCUCACCUUCGUCGACCGCAACCGCCGCUUCAUCUCCACCUCCGACGACAAAUCCCUCCGUGCCUGGGAAUACGGCAUCCCCGUCCCCAUCAAAUUCAUCGCCGAGCCAUACAUGUUCGCGCUGACGCGGUCCGCGCCACACCCGAACGGGAAAUACGUCGCCUUCCAGUCCGGCGACAACCAGAUCGUCGUGUACGGCGCGACGGACAAGUUCCGCCAGAACCGCAAAAAGAGCUUCCGGGGCCAUAACAACGCCGGCUACGGCAUCGAUCUGAAGAUCUCGCCCGACGGCCAGUUUAUCUGUUCCGGCGACAGUGCGGGCUACGUGUGCUUUUGGGAUUGGAAAACGGGUAAAAUGUACCAUAAGAUCAUGGCGAGUGGCAAGGAGGGCGGCGCCACGACUUGUUUGGACUGGCAUCCGCAGGAAACCAGUAAGGUGGUUACGGGCGGUUUAGAAGGGGUGAUUAAAUACUGGGAUUAAUUCAUCGCUGUUCCUGUUUCUUUUAUUCAAUUAUAUUGGUGUAAUAUGGUAGAAUAUAGUAUGAUGGGAUAUGAUAGGAUAUGAUGAACUAUUACUGUAGGUUGGAAGUCCUGGUAUACACUACACUACAUGUACUAUAUACACUAUGAACUAGAGUAACUACUACACAUUCCCGGUCUACUACUAGAUACAUA